AUGGGGUGCACGAUAAGUUCGGGCGAGAAGGAGGCGGUGGAACGAUCGAAGAAAAUCGACAAAUCGCUCCGAGCCGACGGCGAAAAAGCGGCGAGGGAAGUGAAACUGUUGUUGUUAGGUGCUGGUGAAUCUGGAAAAAGUACUAUUGUAAAACAAAUGAAAAUCAUUCAUGAGACGGGUUAUUCUAAAGAAGAAUGUGAACAAUAUAGACCUGUGGUAUUUAGCAAUACAAUCCAAAGUUUAAUGGCAAUUAUACGAGCAAUGGGAAUUUUAAGAAUUGAUUUUUCAGAUCCUAGCAGAACGGAAAAUGCCCGUCAAUUUUUUUCUUUAGCUAGUGCUACUGAAGAAGGUGAACUGACUCCCGACUUAGUUAAACUUAUGAAAAGACUAUGGGCAGAUUCUGGUGUGCAAGAAUGUUUUUUGCGCUCAAGAGAAUAUCAACUUAACGAUUCUGCUUCUUACUAUUUAAAUGCCUUGGAUAGAAUAUCUCUGCCUAAUUAUGUACCUACACAACAGGAUGUGUUACGGACUAGAGUAAAGACAACUGGUAUCAUUGAAACAAAUUUUUCAUUUAAGGGAUUGAAUUUUAAAAUGUUUGAUGUUGGAGGCCAAAGGUCAGAGAGAAAAAAGUGGAUUCAUUGUUUUGAAGGGGUUACUGCUAUAAUAUUUUGUGUGGCUCUAUCAGGUUAUGAUUUAGUAUUAGCUGAAGAUGAAGAAAUGAAUAGAAUGAUUGAGUCUAUGAAAUUAUUUGAUUCAAUUUGUAACAGCAAAUGGUUUGUCGAUACAUCAAUCAUAUUAUUCUUGAACAAAAAAGAUUUGUUUGAAGAAAAAAUCCGAAGAAGUCCGCUAAAUUCUUGUUUUCCAGAAUAUAUGGGUUCUAAUAAUUAUGAAGAAGCAGCUGCUUAUAUACAAAUGAAAUUCGAAAGCUUGAAUAAAAGAAAAGACCAAAAAGAAAUUUAUACUCAUUUUACUUGCGCCACUGACACAAACAAUAUACAAUUUGUUUUUGAUGCCGUUACUGAUGUAAUCAUCAAAAAUAAUCUCAAAGAUUGUGGUCUUUUUUAG